AUGGGUUUUUCUCUCUCCGACUCUUCUCAUGAUCAACCUCAACUCAUCCCACAACACCCAUCAUUGAUUCAACGUCAACGUCUCAUUGCAUUCUCAGGGACUGAAUGGCUUGAACUUAGGAACGGGAAUUUGAAUCAUAAUGUCUUCAUUGCAUUGAACCUAGUGAUGGAUUCCCAAUCUGUUAACAGCAAUACAGAAUUCAGAGAAUUGGGUAGCCCAAAAGCUAGUUCCCUUGGAUUUCAUAAAAAUGGGAAUUUUCUUUCCAUCUAUGGUGAGGUGGAAGCCAAACAUCGAUUGCUCUUAGUUCAGUGGUUAUCUAGUCUUAUACCUUCAUUGUACUUUCCAAUAAAUGUCACGGAUGGUGAGUUGAGAGCAUGCUUGAGCAAUGGUACAGUUUUGUGCCAGAUACUGAACAGGCUAAGACCUGGCACCGUGAAUGUGGUUAGUGAACCUGAUAAUUCUCUGCCAUCACACUCAGAAAAUGUUAAAUCCUUUCUGAAAGCUUUGGAUGGAAUGGGAUUGCAACGGUUUGAAAUAUCAGACCUAGAGAAGGGGUCUAUGAAGGCUGUUGUGGAUUGUCUUUUGACCCUGAGAGCUAAAAGUUUGCAGAAUGCUUUGGCUGAUAAUAAUCAUUCCAACUCGUCGAGCCCUGGUGGGAAUUCACCUUUCACUUUUCCUUGUUCUCCACCAUUUAAUGGACAACCGAGGAGGGUUUCAGCUGGGUCAAAGUUGCAACGUGUCUUUAGUAGCCCACUUGUGGCGGCCGAGCCAGCUUCAUUAAUACACCAUGUUAAUCACAAAUUCCAUGAGGUGUUUCAACUGAAACCUGGAAGCUACGCAGAUCUUCCUGCUGCAAAAAUAUCAGAAAUGAUGAAAUCAAAUAGUUUAGAUAAUGCUCCCACUCAGUCGCUUCUGAGUGUUGUGAAUGGUAUUCUUGAAGAAAGCUUGGAAAAAAGAAAUGGGGAAAUACCUCAUCGUGUGGCUUGCUUGUUGAGAAAGGUUACUCAGGAGAUUGAACGGCGCAUGUCAACUCAAGCAGAACAUUUACGAACUCAAAACAAUCUUUUUAAGGCUCGUGAAGAAAAAUACCAAUCAAGAAUAAGAGUACUCGAGGCACUUGCAUCUGGAAAUAGAGAUGAGAGUGAGAUAUUUGCUAGCCAGUUUCAGCAGCUGAUGGGUGAGAAGAUCAAAGAGGAAGAAAAGAAGGAUGAGGACAAAAGUUUGGAAAUUUCAGCAUUAAAGCAAGAACUAGAAACAGCCAAAAGAACAUAUGAAGUACAAUUUUCACAGUUGGAAGAAGAAUUGUUGCAGAAGGUUGAAGAAUAUGAGUUUCAAUUGGAAGAGUUAAGAAUUCAGGCUGAAAAGAUUAAAGAGGAAGGAAGGACCGCAGAUGAAAAAGAAAUUAUCAGAUUGGUGAAAGAACAAGAGGAAAACAAUAUGGAAAUUUUAGCAUUGAAGCAAGAACUAGAAACAACCAAAAAAACAUAUGAAGUACAAUGCUCACGGUUGGAAGCAGAAGCUAAAGAUGCUAAAGCAGAAUUGAGACACAAGUCUCAGGAAUAUGAGCAUCGAUUGGAAGAAAUAAGAAAUAAGACAGAAAAGAUCAAAGAGGAAGCAAAGAAGGGAGAUGAAAAAGAAAUUAUGAGGUUGAUAAAAGAGCACGAGGACAAGAAAAACUCGGAAAUUACCGCAUUGAAGCAGGAAUUCGAAACAACCAAAAAAAUAUAUCAAGUACAAUGCUCACAAUUGGAAGCAGAAGCUAAGGAUACUAAAGAAGAAUUAAGACAAAAGUCUAAAGAAUAUGAGCAUCGAUUGGAAGAAUUAAGAAACAACAUUAAGGAACUUGAGGCUGCUUCUAAUUCAAAAUAUCAGAAGUUGAAAAUGAAAAUGAGCCAAUGGCAGACUGUUAUAAAAUUUCAUUCCAGUUCACUACAGAAUUUGAGAUUAUCUUGGGAAUCUAUUAAGCAAGAUGUUAAGAAAGAACAAAUGGCUUAUGCAGAGGAGUGUAGUCGAUUAGGUGUAAAUAUUAAAUCACUGGUACAAGCAGCGGAGAACUAUCGUGUCGUUCUUGCUGAAAAUAAAAAAUUGUUUAACGAGGUUCAAGAAUUAAAAGGAAAUAUCAGAGUAUAUUGUCGAAUUAGACCGUUUCUUUCUGGAAAAAGGGAAAAACAGUCUAUUGUUGAACACAUUGAUGAUAAUGAUUUGGUUGUGUCAAAUCCAUCCAAAGAAGGAAAAGAUACUCAUCGAUCAUUUAAGUUUAAUAAGGUUUUCGGCCCUACAAUAACUCAAGCGGAGGUAUACGCUGACAUUCAAUCCUUCAUAAGAUCAGUACUUGAUGGGUAUAAUGUGUGUAUAUUUGCUUAUGGCCAAACUGGUUCAGGGAAAACUUACACAAUGACUGGUCCAAAUGGAGCAACAAGUGAGACUAUUGGUGUUAAUUAUCGAGCUCUAAAUGACCUCUUUAGCAUUUCGACUAGUAGAUCAACCUUCAUCGUCUAUGAGAUUGGGGUUCAAAUGGUUGAGAUAUAUAAUGAGCAAGUUCGUGACUUGUUAUCAACUGAAGGUUCUUCAAAAAGAACACUUGGGAUAUUGACUCACUCUCAAGCAAAGGGCUUAGCAGUACCAGAUGCUAGCUUGUUCCCUGUGAAGUCACCUUCAGAUGUCAUUAAGCUAAUGGACAUUGGACUUAAAAAUAGAGCCAUUAGUGCAACUGCUAUGAAUGAAAGAAGUAGCCGUUCUCACAGUGUGGUCUCAAUCCAUGUUCGUGGGAAGGAUUUGAAGUCUGGUUCUACUCAGGUUGGUAAUCUUCAUUUGGUGGAUUUGGCAGGAAGUGAAAGGGUGGAUCGUUCUGAAGUAACUGGAGAUAGGCUUAAGGAAGCACAACAUAUAAACAAAUCACUCUCAGCUCUUGGAGAUGUUAUUUUUGCCCUUUCUCAAAAGAGCCCCCAUGUACCUUACAGAAACAGCAAGCUCACUCAACUUCUCCAAACUUCUCUUGGUGGUCAAGCAAAGACACUCAUGUUUGUCCAAAUUAACUCAGACGUAAGUUCAUUUUCUGAAACUGUCAGCACUCUAAAGUUUGCUGAGAGGGUUUCUGGAGUUGAGUUAGGAGCUGCUCGAAGUAGUAAAGAUGGCAAAGAUGUCAGAGAAUUAAUGGAACAGGUGGCUUCAAUGAAGAGCACUAUUUUGGCAAAAGAUGAGGAGAUUGAGCGGCUUCAUUUACACAAAGGUUCAGUUGGUAGUAUUCUUAAACAAAACCAAAAAUCACCAAGUGGAAGUAUUAAGCACCAUGAAGAUGAUACCCACCGAUCAAUAGUUGAUCAUAUACACCAAAAUGAAUUUCUCCAUCAACCUGGGCUUUCUGGAGAAGAUAUAGCAAAGAAUAUAGCUGCAAACAUACAAACUCCAGGAUUUUCAGAUGCAGAUCUUGAUGAAAGAUCAAGUGUUCAUUCUGAAAAUGAUGUUGCUCCUCCAAGCAUAGGAACUGAUAGUUCUGAAAACUCCAUUCUCACUGAAGGCACAAAAUCAUCUGAUAAGAUUGAGAAAUCUAAAGCAAUACCCAAAAAUGUACAUGUGGUGAGGAAAUUAAGUCGAACAUCGUCUAUCACAACACCAACAAAGGAGCCCUUGAAAAAGCCACCAUCAGGUAUUAAAAAAAGCUUCAGUAUUGGCCAACUUAAACCAGCAAAACGGUGGCAGUAGAACAGGAAGUAGCAGCUGAAAUUCGUUUGCACACUCUUCACUAUUUGACAUGUACAAUGUAAAUAUAAUUCUUUCAUUGAUAUGUUCA